AGCCAACACCCGAAUUAGACAGGUACACAAGAGCUCGCCACACAGAUAUUGGCUAUUGAACACGCGACACUUGAGACGACCAUCAUUUAACACCUCUUCUAAGUUUUCGAGGUUAGUAGUGUAUAUAUACAUAUAUGUGCUGCCAUUCGCUUAGUUCGCCCCAUAUUUGUUCAUAUUUCAGCUUGAAAAUUGGAAUGCAGUCGAAUAUUGCAUUUUCUGAGGAGACCAAAAUUGUUUUGUCUUCCAUCAAUUCAGCAUCUGUAUCAACUCCAGAUGAAGAUCAAACACUACAUAAUUCUGACGAUGAAUUUGAACGUAUGCUGCCGUCUGUUAUAAAUAAAGAAACUUUGAGUAUUCUGGAAGCGAAAUUGGGGCUAGGUGGUGGAGGCGAUUGGUGGAUAGACCCCUCUCGUGAUCCCAUUGAAAUAGACUCAGAGGGCAAUAGAGAUGAAGGUGCUAUUUUAGACGUUGAAGCGAGUUGUAGAAACUGGUAUCGUGCUCCAUUCGACCGGGACCCAGAAUUCUGCAAUGAUUCCUACCAUCUUCUGAAUCGAUUAAAUGAAUUGGCCAGAAUAAAGGGAUUAAUUGAAGAAGCAUCAUUGAGAAAACAAUCUGUCAAUCAGGUAGACGUAAACAACACAGACCGUCAGAUAUAUCAUUCAACAUUGUCUGUGAAUGGCUCAAUGGAUUUCAGCAACAUGAUUUCACCACACACAAAUCACGAUAUACAAAAUAUUGACCCUCUAGCAGAUCUUCGCCGUAGUUUAAAUGGCCCGUUUCGAGACCUACAGUCCGAUGUCUAUGGCACAUAUGCUUUACGUAAAUCAAAAAACAACCAAAAGGUGCCCCUCGGUGAAGUAUUUGACGUCAGAACACAUGAAUCUGACUACACAAGAUAUCCUGAUAAGCCUCAACCACCUUUUUCUCAAGCUAUGCAUUCAGGGCUACCUCAGUUGCACAAGUCACAUCAGCCACCAUCUCCUCAUUCAAUCCCAGUGACAAAUAUUUCACCUAUUUUUGGCCGGAGAAAGGUGUCUACGAAGAGUAACCAACCUGCAUAUACUUCAGGUAGUACAAGUGUUCCAGAUCCAAAGGUUUGUGGCCAAAAGCGUUCCGUACUUUCACGGACAUACUCGAAGGAACAAAUGGAUUUCUUAAAGGAAGUGAGUGAAUACCAAGUCACUGAUUCAAUUCUCAAAGUUCCUUCUCUUCUGGCAAGAUCGCAUGCACUGACGGCCUCACUACCCAUAUCAGACAACGAAGGUGAUAUAGAUGUAACUAAAAGCUUGGACAUUUCGUCGACAGUGAAUCCAUUGUCUCAGUCCCUUUCUGCAAGUGAACUUACGAUGAAGGGUCGUAAGCUAUCGGAGAAAGUCAAUACUUCUUAUUCUAGUAUGAGAAGUUCUGAUGUCUUUGAAUUGGCCCGCUUACAAGAAACUCAUUUGCGGGAACAUAGUGGCAGUCGAGGCAAGCUUGACUGUUCAAACUCUUCUCUCACUGGAUCAAGCAUAGGUGAGAAAAAUCAGAAAAAGGGAGACGGCGCUGAUAGUACGGGACGAAAAUCUACCAGUGGCCUCAGUUCCUGUGACGUUAGUGCUACGCACAGUCGUGAAGAAAUUGUUGCUGAAGACCAGAACGGUAAACCUGAACGUCAGCAUACGAUCACCGCGAAUGAGUGCGGUUUUAAUCCAUUGCAAGGUUCAAUAGGUUGUGAACCCAAGGUGAAUCUCAGCUCAAGUGUAGACGCAUGUGUCAAUUUGAGCAGUGACGAAGUUACAACACCUUCGAAACCCCUAAACUCCACAUAUGAUGCUCCAGAUUUUAAAUGCGUUUACGGUAGUGAUCCAGCAACCUCGCAAAUAGAUGGAGUAGAAGGUCACCGACCGAUUAUAGGUGCAACAGAUAGUGCCAUAAGUAACACAAAUGAACAUUAUGCGCAAGCUACAGGCUGUGUACGGCACACGUCUUAUAUAGGCGAUGAUGCUAAACAGACAGAUGGAAACAGACGGAGACUUGACGCGAGUUACGACUUAAAAGAUCGGGAUAUCCUUGUGGAACAUGAAUCAGAUUCAGGUGUGCUGACAAAUCGUGUGGAAGCACCAAGGCUGAAUGCUGUUUUGAAGUCGAUGGAGUCGCCUCAAGUCGCUGAUCCGAGUAACACAUCUUCAACAAACUCCCUGGUACCUCCUACCGUUAUCAAUAAUGCUGAGAGCCAUGAACCGUCUCAGUGCAAACAAUAUGAUGUGAAACCUCAUACAAAGACACUGAUUCCUCUUCCCAGUGGAAAGUUAUCUCGUCUCCCAAUGCCCUCGCAGAAAAUGCCUUCAAUGAGUGUCAGCAGUCGUCUUGGUUCCCGUAAAAGCGCCACAAGCGAACAAGGUUCCAAUUCUGCACACUCUACGAACAAAACUCAAUUAUCUGCCCCAAAAGUAAUAUACCUAGUGUUUGCGGCCCUAGGCUAAGCGGUAGCGGUACUAAAUCUAGCAGCAUAAAAGCAACACAGCUAUCUAAUUCAACGAAGUCUUCUUCGAAACCUUCAACAUCCUCCUCAAGUUCACAGCAAAACAGAAAGUCGAUACCUCAUGCGACCAAUUCAUCACCUGCUACUACCAUCCGGAAACCGUCACUGCCAUCAACCACUUCAUCUCGUGGAAGGACCCCUCCCAAGCCUUAAUUUAGCUCUCUUGAGUAUUUUCAACUUUUAUUUUAUGUACCCUGUCUUUCAGUCACUUUCAAUGUGUGUUCAAAAAUUCUCAUGAUAGACACUAACUGAGGCUAGGUAACUUACUUUUUUCUGGCUUUAACUAUGUUAGAUCCCGGUUGUUCGGCUCAUAUAUAUGCUUACACUCAUGUUUAUUUUAAUUUGUGAUUUUCCAGAAUUUUAAAGGAGAAACACUGACGUACACAUAUCUAGCAGGGGGAUUUUUAUAUCUUAUUUUUGAACUAAUACUUUUUUAAUUUCUUAAUUUUGAUAUUCGUAUACAAUGUAAAUACAUCAAGAGUCCAGAUUAUUGUGUUAUGUUCAUAACACAGUUUAAACAUAUCUUGGUACUCCUGUUAUUCUUGGUAAUGCCAUCACUGGUCACAUUUUGUCACUUUACUUGCCUUGAGAGAAGAAAGAAUGGUUAACUAUUAUUAAACUGCUUAUUUAGGCAGUCUGUUUUCUUAUUUCCUUCUAUUUUUACCAACAUUUUAGUCAUUUUAUAACAUAAAGCAAAAUAUAACCCCACUUUGUACGAUUCAGAACUGUUUUUCUCUUUACAGUGGUAUAGAACGAGAAAAUAUAAGAUAUCUGUCGGUUGAUACUAAUCGAUUGCAUUUAUUGUGUGAUAGCGCCGCGUGGAAAGAUAUGGUUUUCAUCUUUCAGGUUUUUGUAUGCUAACCGUUUGCUUUUUCAUAGGUUUCCAUGUCACUCCCCAUUGUUCAAACUCUGUAUCAAUUUAGCUGUAUUAGAUUCAGCAAAAUGGUCAUUUACCCACAGUUGUCUUGUUUGCCACGUUAAUUGAAGGUCUUCAUUGCGGAUUCAUUGGCAGUGUUCAACAGGAGAUGAAAAGCUGUUUCGUCGUGGAUCGGAGCAAAUUAGCGGUGUGAAAUGUCGAUGACAUACGAAUUUAGGUGGUGAAGUCUUUAGAUCUUUAAACCUAACGAAAAUGGCUGAAUUAGAUAAAUGUUUAAGGCAUCCAUUGUUGGUGAUAUUGUUUACUUUGUUUAUUUCUUUCUUGUUCCAAAUGGGGCAUAGGGCUUCAUGCCUUACUACCAGCUUGAUGAGGUUUAGGAGUGGGUCGUCCAAGUGUCGCAUCCCGGACCACGUGCACGGUUGGCGAGCGUUCUGCCGCCGAACCGUCGAUGCACUGUUGGUAACAUUAUACAACAACCAUUCUCUGAUAAAUGGACAACAAUCAAAUUUGUGUUGUCGAUUCGAAAUAUUCUUCUAAUUUACCUACCAGUCACUGUGGAGAAAGCAACAUUAGGUUUCUAAUCCUUUGUGUUGAUGCCGACUGUGAAUUCAUUCAAGAACUGACGUAAUAUUACGUUAUUUUCAGUGGUUGAGAAUGCAUAGCCACUAAUUCUUAAGAUCACUAAAAAUGGAGUGCAUACUGAGAGAUGGAAAUAUCAUUUAUUGACCUCUGGUUAUCCACCAUUAAUUUAUAAAAUAACUUAUCUAUGUUGUUUACCGGGUUGUAGCACAUGUACAGCAUAUCCGGUCAUUCCAGUUGAUUUAUGCUUACAACCUUUUUCGGACCAUACUGUAUUCUCAACUUCAGUAUCACUGCUACGCGGCAAAAACACUAAAUGGGUACAUGCUACCUCUUUAAUCCCUUUACCUUGAAUAGUUACCUCUUUCAGUCGUGAAAAUAUAGCGAAUGGUUUUGUAUCGACAUUUUACUCUGGAUUAAUAGUUAAAACGCC